GAAAUAUGAUAAUUAAUAGGGAUUUUACACAGACGCGCGCUCGCGCGGACAGAUGCUCGCUCCCGUUCGGCGGCUGCAGCGGAAGGUUUUCUCGUUGUCUGAGGUCUCCGCGCGCUCCGGUGUGAUGGCGACCGCUCGCGCUGCUCUGCGCAUCAUUCCGCCAUUUGUGAAUGUUUGACCCAUAAAACAGACAUGACACGCGGCCAGGGAUCGGUUCUCCUCCGCUGCGCGGUUCUGCUGGUUCUCAGCGGCGGGAGUUCUCCUCUACCGAACCGGACCAGCAGCGUCCGUGAUGCGCAAUACGGUAAUAAUAAUACGAAUAAACACACCAGUAAAGGCUCUGUGGGAACCACCGAGCAGACACCAAAGCUACAGGACAACAGCAGUGCGGCGAGACGGUGGCGUGUUCUGGGUGAAGUCGGGCCUUUGUGCGCUUACCGCACUCUUGACCCAGGUGACCCCGGGCGUCUGUGCUUCCGCUACACCCAGCCUGACUUCAGGUGCGCCAGCACUUCCUGUCGACAGGUGAGCUCACCUGGUGGGCAAGUCAUGGCGAAUAUUCUGUCCAACGGAAGUGUGUUAAUUCAGUGGACGGUCGGUCACGAGGCCCAACGUGACUCUACCGCCUCACCAGAGAGCCUCGCCCCGGGUCAGACGGGUGGAUUCAGGCUCAGCUGCUGGUGGAACGGAAGCUACACCCAGUUCGAAUGCGCCGGGGUGCAUCUAGGCAGCAGCUGCAGGGAUUAUCUACUGGACGAGCUGCACAUGAACGUGCCCUACCGCCUCUGUGUCCGGCCCUACGCCCUCGAGCUGCCCGAAGCCUGUGUGGAGUUCAGCCUCGCGACCGGCGGGAUGCAGGACAUCGUUAUCGCCAUGACGACGGUGGGCGGGGCCAUCUGCGUGAUGCUGGUCAUCAUCUGCCUGCUGGUGGCGUACAUCACCGAAAACAUCAUGAACCCGACAGUGCAACACUCGCACAGAUCGCACCUACACACACACCUGUGAAAACACAAGCACUGACAUCACACAUCGUUAUCUUCACGCAAACUCACACGCACACCUUCCCACA